AUGGAGGUGUUCUGCUACAAAGAUAUAGAGCAGUCAUCCAACCUGCUUCUCCAGCUCAACACCCUGAGACAGGAGAACCUUCUCACAGAUGUGUUACUUUGUUCAGACAACACAGAGAUCCCUUGCCACCGCAACGUGCUGGUUUCUAGCAGCCCCUACUUCCGAGCCAUGUUCUGCAAUAACUUCACAGAGAGGCAGCAGACCAGAAUCAACCUGCACGGCCUGACAUCAGCCACCUUGAACACCAUCAUGGACUAUGUUUACACGGGCCUGGCUCAUAUCAGCAUGGAUAAUGUGCUGCCUCUCAUGCAGGCCACGUCAAUGUUGCAGUACGCUCGUCUAUUCGAGGCCUGCUCCAGCUUUCUUCAAGACCAGCUGAACGCUGACAACUGCUUGAGCAUGCUAAGGUUCUCAGAGAUCAUGAACUGUAAUAGUUUGAGAAAAAAGGCAAAGGAUAUGGCAAUGAAGAACUUCUAUGACGUGUCUCAUUCAGAGGAUAUGUGUGAACUCUCUUUGCCAGAGCUAAUGGGUUACCUGGAGGAUGAUUCUCUUUGUGCAGAAGAAGAGCAGGUCUUUGAGACCCUUGUUGCUUGGAUCCGCUAUGACCCCUUACCCAGACGCAGUGCCAUUAGUGACCUCUUUAAGAAAGUGCGCCUUCGCUACAUCCACCCCACCUAUUUGUUCCAGUUCAUUGCCAGCGACCCUCUAAUCCAGUCCUCUACCCUCUGCAUUGAGCUAAUCGAAUCAGUGCGCCGCCUCCUGUUUUCCCUUGGCACCAAAUAUUUUGGGGACUUAACCAGCGACUUCAAGCCAGUAUGGAUUGCACCCAGGCGCUGUACCUACUAUGAUAAUCUGGUGGUAGUAGGAGGAAGAAAGAAUAAUGAACAGACCUCAAGGGAAGCUAUAGUGUUUGAUGAGAAUUGUCAAGAGUGGAAACGUCUGGCCAAACUUCCUAUCAGACUCUACAAAGCUUCCUAUGUGGCCCUUCACAGUGUGGUGUAUGUCACUGGAGGCCUUACCACCAAUUCUAAAUACUGCCAAGCCUGUCCAACAGUCUAUACCCUCUCACUCAAGACCAACGAGUGGCGGAUGGCCCAGCCCAUGCUGGAGCCACGAUUUGCCCACCAGAGUGUCUCCUACUUGCAUUUUAUCUUCAUCCUGGGGGGACUUGGGUGCAACAGACAACUGACAGACAGUGUGGAAAGGUACAACAGCAUGUUCAACCAGUGGGAGUCCAUGGCCCGCAUGCCUGUGGCUGUGCUGUACCCUGCUGUGGCUGCCACCAACCAGAGGAUCUACAUGUUUGGAGGAGAGGAUGACUUGCAGAACCCAGUCCGACUCACUCAGGUGUAUCACAUUGCCAGGAACAUGUGGUGCAAGAUGGAGAACAGAACAGUGAAGAAUGUGUCUGCUCCUGCCGUUGUGAUGGAUGAAAAAAUUUACAUUGUUGGAGGAUACACGAGAAGGAUGAUCGCAUAUGACACUACAGCCAACUGCUUCCUCAAGUGUGCCAGUUUGAAAGAGAGGAGAAUGCAUCAUGCAGCUGCAGUGCUCAAUAACAAACUGUACAUCACUGGCGGACGAUAUAUUAAUGGUCACGAUGUCAUUGAGGACUCAGACAAUUUCGAGUGCUAUGACCCAAGGACAGAUGCUUGGACAGCCAAAGGAAGUUUGCCGUAUAAACUCUUUGACCAUGGCUCUCUUACGCUGACGUGCGUGUCACAGACCUGGACUAACUCAUAG